AUGGGUUACGGCUAUGGCUACCUCGCUCCCCUCCAGGCGACCACAUGUACAACCACCAACGGAAGUAGGGAGGCCAGUUUCAAGAUCGACAUGGAAAAUGAUACCGAUUGGAGGACGAGUUGCAGGAUCAUUAAGCAUGUGGGAUAUAGGGCGUCGACGCAUUUUGCUGGUAGCACAGGUGGUACAAAAGGACGUAUCCGUGGGAUGGGCAAGAACAUCAGCCUCAGCACUAAGAAGUUCGGCAGUAGGUGGGACAGCAUGGCGAGUAUUGCCGAGUUGAGCGAUGCAGAUAUACCGCCAACGAGGGGCGUGAACCACUUCAGAGCCAUUGCUGUUGGACGCGGUACGGAUAAUCUCGACGUGGGAGUACAGCUGGAGUAA